CUAACACACCUAUAUCGGCUAUAUACAAUAUGAUCGGAUCGGAUCGGAACUCAACCCAUAUCCUCGAUUUAACAACCUUCAAAAGCCCAACUCAUUCUUACACCAACCCAAGCCCACUCAUCCCAAAACGACGUCGUCUUACUUUCCAAUCACGACCAUCUCUCUUCCUCUUCCCAAACACACUCGUCCUAGUUGAAAAAACCUCCCGAAAACCCUGACUUUCUCUCUCUAAAAAAACACUUUCUCUCUCUAAGGUGGUUGUAAUGGCGGAGACACCAUCGUCGACGGCGGUGGUAGAAAGGAGAGGAAUUCCGGCGGCAGCAUUCGUGGAAGAUGUCCAGACUUACCUUAAUCAAUCUGAUCUCGAUGUUAACUCUGCUCUCGCUUUCUUUCAAGAACGGCUUCAGCAAUACAAGCUAGUAGAGAUGAAACUUCUUGCGCAGCAGAGAGAUCUUCAGGCCAAAAUUCCUGAUAUAGAGAAAUGCUUGGACAUUGUUGCCACAUUGCAAGCGAGGAGGGGUUCCGGUGAGCCACUGCUAGCUGAUUUUGAGGUUUCUGAAGGCAUAUUUUCACGAGCUAGUAUUGAGGAUUCAGAUUCAGUGUGCUUAUGGCUUGGGGCAAAUGUAAUGCUGGAGUAUACAUGUGAAGAGGCCAACACUCUUUUACAAAAAAAUCUGGAAAAUGCUAAAGCUAGUUUAGAGGUGCUGUUUGGUGAUCUACAAUUUUUAAGGGAUCAAGUGACAAUUACGCAGGUUACAAUCGCCCGUGUUUACAAUUGGGAUGUUCAUCAACGUAGACGCCAAACUGUUGCCUCAUCUAGUACCAACAAAGAUUCAUGAAACAGUCACCGGCAAUCUGUAUCAGGAGGUGACUUUUCUUCCUCUUCAUGCUGAGAGCUCACUUGGACCUCAAAAUAUGAAGAAGGCUGGUGCAUGUAUUGUAUGUUCCUUCUAGAAUUAAAUCAUGUAUUAAUCUUAUAAUUUGAAUAAUAGUCUUGUUUCAUAUUCUUCCACCAGAUUUUGGUUCUUUGGUAGUUGAGUUGUGAAAUAGUCAAAUCUUCUUUUUUGUUCCUUUAAUUUUCGAUUGGCAGGGAUUGGUUUAAGGUGUUGACAUUAAGAUCAUAAAACUUUGUUUUGGCCGGAAUUUUGAUUGGGAAAUUUUGUGUUAUCGUUUAUCAAAGCUUUGACUGGGUCGGUCAUGCAGUAUUCUUUAUGGAUCA